CGCCGCCUCUGUUUUGCCAUCUGUCCUCCGUCGCCCCCCUCUGUCCUAUAAAUCCACCACCACGAAACAGCCUGUUCUCUACGCGAUCCAUCCCAUCCUGAAAACCCCGGCGCACGGCAACGCCUCUCCAAAACCCCAAACCCUAGCCCAUCGGCGAUCGCCGGCGGCGACCGCGCCCCCGUCCUCCGCGGAGCCCUCGGGCGCUUCGCCGUGCAUCGGCUUCGUCUCCUUGGGCGGCUGGCGUAGGAGUUCAGGGUUCGGAGGCGCUUCGCCGCUGGGUAAGCUUGCGACGGGCCGCCGCUGUCCAGAUCCUCGCUGCGAAUUCCUCGCGCUGGUUUUGCAUUGAGGAGGAUGUCAUCUUCAAACGUUUUUGAUGAAAAAUUUGAGGCUGCUGUCGCAAAGCUGGAUGUUAUUGGAAUCGCGAGAAAAACUGUUUCACCAGUGUUGACGAAGCUACUAGAGUUGUAUGAUUACAACUGGGAGUACAUUGAAGCUGAUGACUUUCGGGUUCUAACCGAUGCUAUAUUUGACGAGCCAGAUCCCAAAGAAUUACAGAAAAAACAAGCUAACAAAAGGAAGAAUCCUGAUUCGGACCACUAUAACAAGAAGCUUAGGGCAAAACAUCAUUCUCAAAAACCUACAUCCAAGAUGCAUGCCAAUGAGAAGAGAGAGUUGGCUGAAGCUCCACCGCAGCAAGAAGCAGGCAAGCUGUCCCCUCAAACAGUUUGUGCCACUGUAAACACAUUGCAGUUAUCUUCUUCGCGACUGCCGAUUAAAGAAAGAAAUAUGGAAACCAGUGUUCUGGAGGAUACACCGACAGAUGAAGAUAGUUUAGCUUUAUCAGUCCAAGGUCAAGACCUUCCUACAUUCGAGACCCCACUGGCUAUUAUGAGCCCACCGGUUCAAGAUUCCAGGCAUCAGAGAGUAUACAAGGAUGCACAUGAAAGAAGCAUAUCUAAUACAUCUGGAAGCCAAGUAAUCACAAGCAGCACAGACUCUUCAACCAACUUUGAGGUAGCUUUGUCAAAUUCUGGAACAGGGAAACUAUCAUUUACAUGUAACUCGGCAGAUCAUCCUGAUUUCCACAUGCCGGACAUGGAGUCUGUAUGCAAGGAAAUGGAGGCUAGAUGUCUCAGGACAUACAAGAUCCUAGAACCCAAUUUCUCUUUCAUAAAACUUUUGCAAGACACUUGCCAGUGUAUCAUUGAUUUGGGUCAUGCAUCUAGUGGACCUAGAGAAAGUGGAAUGGUACAAAUAGUUCCUGCCAUGGACUUUUUGUCUAAACCUUCAGUGUCACGAGUGUUGCAGCCAAAUGAAGUUGGUUCCUCGUGUAUGCCACCUAAUGACCACAUUAUUCAUGGUGGUGUAUGCUCUUCUGGUUCGUUUGCUGGAGAACAGAUCAGUUCCAGUAAUAUGCUUGUUAUUGCCAAUAGACCAGCUCAUGAUGUCAAUGACAUAACAAAAGGUGAAGAACAUGUGAGUAUUCCCAUAAUUAAUAAGGUUGGCAAUGGGAUUCUUCCGCCCCCCUUCCACUACAUACCAUGCAAUAUCAUAUACCAGAAUGCAUAUGUCAAUCUUUCGCUUGCUAGAAUAGGAGAUGAAAGCUGCUGCUCAGGCUGCUUUGGAGAUUGUCUAGCAGAACAACUUCCUUGUGCAUGUGCAACAGUAACUGGAGGUGAAUUUGCUUAUACAAGGGAUGGCCUGCUUGAGGAAGGAUUUCUUGAUUCUUGUGUCGCUGGGCUUCCUAAAUUCCACUGCAAAAUUUGCAAUCCUUGUGAAGGACACUCUACAAAGAAAUUUAUCAAGGAAUGCUGGAGUAAAUGUGGCUGUGCCAGAAAUUGUGGAAAUCGUGUGGUGCAGCGAGGAAUCACUCGGCAACUACAGGUAUUCUUAACCCCUGGAAAAAAGGGAUGGGGACUGCAGGCUGCUGAGGAAAUUCCACGAGGUGCGUUUAUUUGUGAGUAUGUUGGUGAAAUAUUAACUAACACUGAGCUUGAUGAGCGAAACACUCAAGGGACAUCAAAAGGUCGCCAUACAUAUCCAACACUGCUCAAUGCUGAUUGGGACACUGAAGAUGUUCUUGGGGACGACCAUGCUCUCUGUCUGGAUGCCACCUUUUACGGGAAUGUGGCAAGGUUUAUAAACCAUAGGUGUUCUGAUGCCAAUCUCAUUGAUAUACCUGUUCAGAUCGAGACACCUGACCGCCACUACUACCAUGUGGCAUUUUUCACCAAAAGGAAAAUAGAGCCAUUUGAAGAACUGACAUGGGACUACAAUAUUGAUUUUAACGAUGUCAACCACCCUAUCAAGGCAUUCAAGUGUUGCUGCGGAAGCAAGCACUGCCGGGACAAAAAAAGCAACCCAAGAUCUAGAUCCAGAGCCCUGGUGUUGCUAUGAGUACUCUUCAAGAGAUAUAUGGCACCAUGGAGAUUCAAGAUUACAUAGCAUCUGCAGUGUCGUCGUUGUGGUUUUGUCACAAGUGAUAUUUUGCUCUGUGUAGAACAAAUGUUCCAGAUUAAUGACUCGUCACUGGACCUGGAUUGCCCGUUUAAGUGUUGUCAUCCGAGCUUGCUUCCAAGCA